AUGAAGGUAACUCCGCACAAAACCGCUCUCAGAAGGAAAUCCAGAUUCAGGAUCAACUGGGACGCUCCUGUGAAGUUGUGCGUCAGAAUUGAUGAGAGGAACUUCAUCCUGAAAGGAGUGGCGGACACUUGUGAGAUGUUCUGCAAGGAGACAACGCUUCAUGGCGUUCGGUAUAUUGUGGGGAAGAAGAACCCGGAUGGUUACAACAGGAAACUUAAGCAGUUAACGACGCUUAUAAGUCGUUUGGUUUGGAUGACUGCUUGCGUAUCCGGAGCAAUUUUUGCCGUGGCAAUGAUGAGUUUGGUCUGGGAUAGGUUCCAAACUACACCAACUGUGACAACAGUAGAGACUACCAGCCAUCCAGUCUGGGACGUGCCCUUCCCUAGUGUUACUCUUUGCAAUAUCAAUAAGGUGUAUCGCCCAAACACUCUAAACAUCACGAGGAUAUUAAUGGAAAAUGGCAUUGAAAUCGACACAGUGCAAGAAUUCCUGGAAAAUCUAUCGAAUUUAAUAUCACCUGAAAAUGUGGAUUCGAUUUAUAUUAAGACAUAUUCAAUUCUCGAAAAGUUUGGCUACAACACCGAGCGCUUGAUGAUAGAACUGGUUCAGCCAUGCGAAAGCAUGCUUAAGCUGUGCUUUUGGCUAGGCAAUGAAGUUCCUUGUCAUAGUAUCUUCAAACUCUCCAAGAGUUCAGAAGGUCUUUGCUGCUCCUUCAAUUAUAGAGCUCUCAAGUCCUUCCUUGAAAUAGAUACGGAGUCUAACGACACAAUGGGCACUUCUGAGGUUCUGCACGUUAGUGGGUCUGGUCGGAAUGUAGGACUGCACAUAGUUGUCGACAUAGAACCGGAGGAUUCAGUUGCAAUGACGAGGAACUACUAUGGAAUUGAAGUGAUGGUUCAUGAUGCCGAGGAGUUCCCUCAAUCUUCAGUGACGACAGCUGUGGCUCAACCUGGGCAGGAAGUAGUUAUAGCAGUUAAGCCUUCUGUAGUGUCUAGUAGGCCAUCAGUUAGAGGAGUAGCAGUGCACAAGAGGAACUGCUACUUUAAUGAUGAAUACAAGCUGAGAGCAACGAAGAAGUACACGCUGAACUCUUGCAUAGCAGAGUGUAGAGUGGAUACAAUAGUGAAGAAAUGCAAGUGUCUGCCCUUCUUCUUCCCGGACAUUUCGACCUUUGCUAAUGAAUAUCGUCAAUGUGAUCUACAUGACGUGGAUUGUCUUCGCAAUUAUCGAUCUAUCUUCGAGAGUCUUCAGCCGCCUCUAAACACACCUGGAUUCAACACCACUAUUGAUAUAGGGAUAGACUGCCCUUGCUUGCCGAGUUGCUCUGAGCAGAACUAUCAGAUCUCAGUGACCACGGCCAGUAGAACUCACACCGGAAUCAAGGAGCCACUAUAUGGGAACGCGGAUCUUACAAAUCUCACUUCAAUCCUGGUUUACUUCAAAGAACUAACUUGCAUAGAAUAUCGUCGAGACCUCUAUAUGUCCUGGGAUGGUCUUCUAGCCUCAUUUGGUGGAAUCUUUGGACUUUGCUUAGGGGGUUCAGUGUUAAGUCUGGUUGAGAUGCUUUACUACUUCACAAUCAAGCUCUGUAUAAAUGUGAUAUCGUGCAAACGUAAAGCGGAUUCGGCAGCUAGAGUAACAUUGGGCGGUAAUCAGUGGGCUAUUCCUAUACAGCCAAGGAAAGUAGUUCACCACCUGCCUGAGGAUACUCACUACCGCGCCAGGAGACAGAUAGUCUGUGAAUUGGCGAGGAAGAGUGUAGAGAAAUGCUGCAAGUGCAUUGAAGCCUAA